GCACAAUUCUAAUAUAAUUUUCUCAUUUGCAAUUGGGGUGGUGAAUGAAAAACAGUCCCCCAAAAGUUGUAGUGACUGACAGCUAGAAAACUUUAUUGUUUUCUCCACUGAGGCUGCGAGGCCACAAGCACAAGUGGAGGACGCAAGGUCGCAUAUUGGACUGUACCCAUAGUGUUGACACACAGCCAAGGCCCUGACUUAUGCUCCUGCAAUAGUCAAGAGAGUGAAACCUGUACCUCUAAAUGGACACUAGGGGCACCAUUUCUUCCAGUAACAUACCACCACAGUGACCACAAGUGUAUUGUCUGCACAAGGCUGAGAGCUGCAUUUCUUCUUCACCUGGUGGUGUCCGUCCCAUCAUCAGGCCGAUGUUUCAUCACUUCCUGGCAUACGCAGCCUUCCACGCCAGCAGAUGGUUACCGAGAGCCCAGCGGCUGCGAUUUCAGGUCAUUCUGGUCACAUUUGCAGUGGUAGUCGUCACCCCUCAACUGUAUGUGUUGACAAGGCCUCGGUCGUCCCGUUAUUGCCAGCAGCCUCUCCUCAACAACCUUAUAGCAUUCAUCAUCUUAUCAUUCAUGGCCACAGGCUUUGCGGUGGCUCUCUCCCUCCUGGACCCGGUGCCCGAGAGUUUCCGAGUCGCCUUCCAUCUGUUUGGGGUGGUGUCCUUUACUCAGGGGCUGUGUACCACCCUGCUCACCCUACAAGCUGCUGACUGUGCAUGGACAACAACAGAACUCUACUACCUCUCCCUUGUUCUAUCUUGGGCAUGUAUUCUCUCGGCAGUCUUCUAUCUGGUCAGAGGAUGCCUUUGGGUCAUCAGCAAGUUGUGGCCAAACUGGGUCAAAGACAUGCGGCUCUGGAACAAUGUAUAAGACCACAUUACAGCAACUUUUCUCAUCCACUCUUAAUUAUUUAUGCUGGUUUCCAUGCCCUGUGUGGGGGCCAACGGCGAACAAAGAUCCUA